UGUUCAUUUCAUCCUCUGUUUUUCUCUCAUACGCACACGCCAUAAAAACAAAACAGAACAAAACAAACCAACAUUUUAAAACUACCAUUUGCAGAAGCGAAAAGAGCGUCCAACCACACUCUUCUCUUUCCAUCACCUCAGUCCAAGCACUUCUUCAAAAUUCACGCAAACUUUUUCCACUUUCUUUGAUUUCAUUGUUCUCAAUUGGGUUGAAUUCAAAUUCAAUUCUUAUGAUCACAAAACAACAACAACACACAACACAAAAAGAAAACAAAAAGGAGACAAAAGCAUAAGCAACAACCAUGCUUGGGAAUGGAGUUAUUGGGAUUUUAUCUGAGACUUGCAACAAAUGGGAGAGAAGGACACCAUUGACCCCAUCACACUGUGCUCGACUUUUACACAGUGGACAAGGAGAUACAGCAACUGCUGGGGUUGCUCGCAUUAUUGUGCAGCCAUCAACAAAGCGCAUCUAUCACGAUUCCCAGUACGAGGAUGUUGGGUGUCAAAUUUCAGAUGACUUGUCACAAUGUGGUCUUGUCGUGGGUGUUAAACAACCUCAGUUGGAGAUGAUUCUUCCUGAUAGAGCUUAUGCCUUUUUCUCUCAUACACACAAGGCCCAGAAAGAUAACAUGCCUUUACUAGAUAAGAUACUAAAUGAAAGGGUGUCAUUAUAUGAUUACGAGCUUAUUGUUGGGGAUCAUGGGAAAAGGUUGCUUUCAUUUGGAAAAUAUGCCGGUAGAGCUGGAUUAAUUGACUUCCUACACGGUUUGGGACAGAGAUAUCUAAGCCUUGGAUAUUCAACACCUUUCCUCUCACUAGGUGCAUCUUACAUGUAUCCUUCCUUGGCUGCUGCCAAGGCUGCUGUAAUUUCAAUUGGUGAAGAAAUAGCAGCUCAUGGACUGCCGCCAGGAAUCUGUCCGUUGGUCUUUAUAUUCACUGGCUCAGGAAAUGUUUCUCUUGGCGCACAAGAGAUAUUUAAGCUUCUUCCUCACACCUUUGUGGAACCAAGUCAACUUCCAGAGCUAUUUGGGGUGGGUUGGGAUCUCAAUCAACCUGCACAGGCGUUAAAGAGAGUUUUCCAAGUUUAUGGUUCUGUUGUAACUUGUCAAGACAUGGUUGAACAUAGAGAUGCCACAAAAGUGUUUGACAAAGCUGACUACUAUGCACAUCCAGAACACUACAACCCUAUUUUCCAUGAAAAAGUAGCUCCGUAUGCAUCUGUAAUUGUGAACUGCAUGUAUUGGGAGGAAAGAUUUCCUCAGUUGUUGAGUACCAAGCAAAUUCAAGAUCUCAUGAGGAAAGGAUGUCCACUUGUUGGAGUCUCUGACAUAACUUGUGAUAUUGGGGGUUCCAUUGAGUUUGUUAACCAAACAACAUCAAUUGACUCACCCUUUUUCAGAUACGAUCCUUUAAAUGAUUCAUAUCAUCAUGACAUGGAGGGUAAUGGUGUGAUAUGUUCAGCUGUCGACAUUCUUCCUACAGAGUUUGCAAAAGAGGCUUCUCAACAUUUUGGAGACAUACUAUCCCAAUUUGUUGGCUGUUUGGCUUCUGCAACAGAUACUACAAAUUUACCUGCACACUUAAGGAGAGCAUGCAUAGCUCAUGGAGGAGCCCUUACGUCUUUGUAUGAAUAUAUUCCACGUAUGCGAAACUCUGAUUCAGAGGAAAUAUCAGAAGAUACAUCAAAUCGCCACUCUUACAAGAAGAAGUACAGCAUAUUGGUAUCUCUGAGUGGUCACUUAUUUGAUCAAUUUCUGAUAAAUGAGGCCUUAGAUAUUAUUGAAGCUGCAGGUGGCUCCUUCCACUCAGUUAAAUGUCAAGUGGGUCAGAGUGUUAAUGUCAAGUCAUACUCAGAACUUGAAGUUGGUGCUGAUGAUAGGGUAGUGCUGGAUCAAAUUAUUGACUCUUUAACUUCUAUAGCUAAUCCAAAUGAAACAUCUGGGAACCAAGAAAAAAAUAAGAUGUCACUGAAGGUUGGUAAAGUCCAAGAGAGUGACAUUAAAAAUGGACAUAACACAGAAAGGAAGACUGCAGUUCUUAUUCUUGGGGCGGGGCGUGUCUGCCAACCAGCUGCCGAGCUAUUAGCAUCAUCUGGAAGGUUUUCAUCUCACCAAGGGUAUAAAGCAUGCCUGGAAGAUGAUUCUGAAGAGCAGAAUGAUGUUCAAGUUAUUGUUGGAUCUCUCUACCUAAAGGAUGCGGAAGAGAUCAUUGAAGGAAUUCCUAAUGCAACAGCCAUUCAGCUUGAUGUGAUGGAUCAUGAAAAUCUUUUUAAGUAUGUUUCACAGGUUGAAGUGGUCAUAAGUUUACUCCCUGCUAGUUGUCACAUUAUUGUGGCAAAUGCAUGCAUCGAGCUUAAAAAGCAUCUUGUUACUGCUAGCUACGUCGAUGAGUCCAUGUCCAUGUUAAAUGAAAAGGCAAAGAGUGCUGGUGUUACCAUUCUGGGUGAGAUGGGUCUGGACCCUGGAAUAGAUCAUAUGAUGGCAAUGAAGAUGAUUAACGAAGCUCAUGUUCGAAAGGGGAUAAUAAGGUCUUUCACUUCUUACUGUGGGGGGCUCCCAUCCCCGGCUGCUGCAAACAACCCAUUAGCAUAUAAAUUCAGUUGGAGUCCUGCAGGAGCUAUUCGAUCUGGGCGAAAUCCUGCCACCUAUAGAUCUAAUGGCGAAACUUUACACAUUGAUGGGGACAGUCUUUACGAUUCAGUUGUGAGAUUUCGGAUACCUGAUCUUCCAGCUUUUGCAUUUGAGUGUCUUCCUAAUCGUAAUUCCUUAGUAUAUGGGGAAUUGUACGGAAUCGGACAUGAAGCAUCAACCAUCUUCCGUGGAACCCUUCGCUAUGAAGGAUUUGGUGAGAUAAUGGCAACACUUGCAAGAAUUGGUUUUUUUGAUACCGAAGCUCAUCCAAUUCUUAAGGAUGGAAAGAAACCGACAUUCAGAACAUUUUUGUUAGAACUUCUCAAAAGUGAAGAUGUGGAUGGACCUCUGAUAGCGGAGAAGGACAUCACUGAAAGGAUUGUCACACUUGGACAUUGCAAAGAGCAAGGAACUGCAAUUAAGGCAGCCAAAACUAUCAUAUUUUUGGGAUUUCACGAGGAUGGAGAAAUUCCUGCUUCCUGCCAGAGUGCAUUUGAUGUUACUUGUCUCCGCAUGGAAGAACGUUUAGCCUACUCCAGCACAGAACAGGAUAUGGUGCUUUUGCAUCACGAAGUGGAGGUAGUUUUCCCAGAUGGCCUAAGUGAGAAUCAUAGUGCCACUUUAUUGGAAUUUGGGAGGACAAAGAAUGGGAAAAUGACCACUGCCAUGGCUCUCACUGUGGGUAUUCCAGCAGGCAUUGGAGCUCUGCUCUUACUAGAAAACAAGAUCAAGACAAGAGGUGUCUUAAGGCCUAUUGAACCUGAAAUAUAUGAGCCAGCACUGGAUUGCUUAGAGGCCUAUGGGUUCAAGUUGAUGGAGAAGAUACAGUGACAGAUUAUUACCUUGAUUGUCCCAUAUUGAUACAGGUUUCAAACACUUUGUAAAUUCAAAACCAGAACCAGACAAUAAUAUAGUUUAAAUGUCAUUGCAACUGCCAAAUUUACUGUAAUAAAACUAAUUCAGGUGAAGCUAUUGAAAUCACAAAACCUCUGUAAA